CUUGUCUCGUAGCUUGUGCAGCUCUUGGCGCAAAGUCACCCUAGAGCUUCAGCUCUCCCUCUCCACCUUUUGUAUUUUGCGGUCAUCGUCUUCUUGGUCAUCUCUUAUUCUCCGCUCACUCCGUUCUCACACCUUUCUCACCUGCACAUCCAAUUGUCUUCUUGUUGGUUGCAGACCUGCUACAUCGUCGCGCCCAAUCCUUCGUCUCUCUAGUACCGUCAAUUCAAUCAUAGAAGAUCGAGAGAAGGGCAGAAGCAAUCCGGCAAGAUGCUGUUCGCAAUCCUCUUCACGUUCUGGCGCUUCGUGCAGAUCGUCACACUGAUCCCGACGAUGGGCAUGCUGGCGUACUUUGUCAACGGCUACGUCCAGCUGAACCAGCUGACGCCGAACUACAUCCUCGUGCUCUUCAUCGUGUCCGUGCUCGCGCUCGCCUGGUCCAUCUACACGCUCUUCAGCUACCACCGCUCGUCGUCGAACGCGACCUUCGUCGCCGUCGUCGACCUGCUCUUCGUCGGCGCCUUCAUCGGCGCCGUCUGGGCCCUGCGCUUCAUCGCCCAGGCCGACUGCACCCACAUCACCACCGGCGACCCGUACGACAUCAGCUUCGGGCCCUUCGGCAGCGCCUCCGCCACCAACUGGGACGUGAACGUCGACAAGACCUGCGCCAUGCUCAAGGCCUGCUUCGCCUUCGGCAUCAUGAACUGCGUCUUCUUCUUCGUUACUAGUAUCCUCGCCUGCCUGCACGGAGACCGCUCUAGUAGUGGCGACCGCGUCACGUAUUACCGCGAGACGCAUUCCCACCGCCACGGCCACCGAAGCAGUCGUAGCCCGAAUAGCCGACAUAGCAGCCACUCGCACCGCCGCGUCUACGUCUAAGGUGGUUGUUUGUUUUUACCUCCGCAUCUCUACGGGUAAAAUUAGAAGUUUGUCGGAAAUGAAUGAGGAAUUUGUAAAGAAAGGCAGUCGG